CACAUCGGUCUAUCUUGGCUAGUAAACAAUGACGCAAGACUUACCAUAAUAAUAAAAAUCGCUCUGCUAAUUCUUGUUGUGAAGGACUUAGUUAAAUGAACUAUUGACAUCAAUGGGCUAUGAUUACUAAGAUGGAAUAGGCUACGUGGAACCCCACAUUCUCGUCCUGUCAUAAUUUUAAAACAUUCUAGAAAAUUUACCACCGCAAUAUGUAGGGUGGAAUGAAUGUGAAGAUACCCAUCUAAUGCGAUACAUAAUUUAAUCACAUCUGAGCAGCCAUGAAGUCUGCCCUGGACGGUGUAGCUGACACCACUUUCCGAACAAUAACAACUGCUCUGCAAUAUAUUGGCUCGAGUGAUGCAAGCUACCAUGACCUGUCAAUUGACCCCGGCUUUGGCAGGACCGGAUUUCGCUUACAGAACGCUCACUUCGCCCCACUUAGUGACUCGUUUCCUGAACAAGAGCAGAACGCACAACUAAUCUAUAAUGGCAACUCAAUUUUUCCGACAAACUUCUCGGACCUGCCUGGCAACGGAACCUUGGUGGAGGGCGGGGGUUCUAUCCAGUGUGGGGAGAACUUUGUGGACAUGGAGUGCUUCAUGGUUCUGACCCCCAGCCAACAGCUGGCAGUAGCGGUCAUGGCUCUCACCCUGGGAACCUUCACGGUGCUUGAGAACCUCGCGGUGCUGUGUGUAAUCCUCCACUCCCAAACCCUACGCUGUCGGCCAUCCUAUCACUUCAUCGGCAGCCUGGCCGUGGCCGACCUCCUGGGCAGCGUCAUAUUUGUGUACAGUUUCCUGGACUUCCACGUUCUGCACCGGAAGGACAGCCCCGGCGUGUUUCUCUUCAAGCUCAGCGGAGUCAUCGCCUCGUUCACCGCCUCUGUGGGCAGUCUCUUCCUCACAGCCAUAGACCGCUACAUCUCCAUCCACAGGCCCAUGGCCUACAAGCGGAUCGUCACCAGGGCCAAGGCCGUCAUCGCCUUCUCCGUGAUGUGGGCUAUUUCCAUUGUCAUUGCUUUACUCCCCCUACUGGGCUGGAACUGUAAGCAACUGAACUCGGUGUGCUCUGACAUUUUCCCGCUCAUCGAUGAGAGGUACCUGAUGUUUUGGAUCGGCAUGACCACCGUACUGCUGCUUUUCAUCAUUUACGCCUACGUGUUCAUCCUCUGGAAGUCCCACCACCACGUGGUGCGAAUGAUGAGCCGCUACUCGCAGAAGAACAUCGUCAUCUACACAGCUGGCGGUGUGAAGAUGCAGACUGUGCGACACGAUCAGGCCCGCAUGGACAUCCGGCUGGCCAAGACCUUGAUGUUGAUUCUGGUGUUUCUCAUCAUCUGCUGGGGCCCUGUGCUGGCCAUCAUGGUCUACGACCUCUUCUGGAAGAUGAAUGACUUUGUCAAGACGAUCUUUGCCUUCUGCAGCAUGCUCUGCCUGCUCAACUCCACUGUCAAUCCUGUCAUCUAUGCCCUGAGGAGCAAGGACCUGCGCCGGGCCUUCCUGAACAUUUGGCAGACGUGCAGGGGAACUUCUGAGGUGCUGGACUUCAGUGCUGAGUCAGAUUGCCAUGGCAGAAGUGUAAAGGGCGCAUCCACAGCCUACAGAUCCAUGCUUAGCUGUGCAAACCCGACUAUAAAUGUGGCCAGAGUCACCCUGUCCCUCUCCGGAGACACCUCCUCUGAGGCAGUUUGAGAUACGUUUCGAUGCCAUGCAACUGAAGGAAUCACUUGUGAGGAUUGACACUACCCCAAGGAAUCACUUGUGAGGAUUGACACUACCCCAAGGAAUCACUUGUGAGGAUUGACACUACCCCAACUAGCACUGAAAUGUUGACAAACAUGAACUUUCAGAGCUUAGAAGUCUAUAUAGCUGUAAGCAUAUGUGUUACAUGUUUUCAGAAACACUUCAUUGAAUUAUUUAUAGUUUGUCCCUUUAAAAAGCUUGCCAGUGAAUUUGGCUGCUUUUGAUGACUGUGAAUGUUGCUGUAAUUUUGGACGUUGUAAUGGUUUGUAGUUAUUCUCAUAAAGUAUAUUGUAAGAAACAGAUUUAAUUGCCUUGUUUUUGAAGUGAUACCAUACAAUAUUAAAUCUAGACUCACAUUAAGUAAUGCAGAUGUUUUACUCAAAGGACCACACCCACUAAGACAUUUAAUGUUGCACAGUAUUUUUAAGCGGUAAAUAGGGGUUUAUUUUAAAAACAUUCAGGAAAUAAGUUUUUUGUGAAUCACAAAUGUAAAUGUUUUAAUAUGUUUUGCAUGUCAUGAGAAACUACAACAUUGUCAUAAACGGUAAACCCACAUCUGCUGUAACACAAUAGCUAUUGUAUAUGGCUACUACUCUACCUACACCAGCAUCUUACCAUGUA